AUGAGCAUCCUUAGCACUCUCUGGGACGAGGUUCUGGGAGGUCCGAAGCCAGAGAAGUGCCAGGAUCGACUUGGGGCUCUGAACAUUCCCCAGUCGCCGUCGAAUUCUGUGGACUUGACUGGCAGUCCUGUGAAUUCACCAAAGCCAUCGUGGGAAGAUGACUUCGAAAAGCGGCGAAGGAGCGUGGAGUGUGGAAGAGUUUCUUCCCAACCCCCACAUUCAAGCGGGACUACAAGCUGCCUUCGCGGUUUGGAAGUGGCUCCAAGGAUUUCGUGUCUCCUGCUCAGCCACCACACACGGCGGGUUCGGAACCUGAUACAGCUGUCUAUGCCUGGUACAACCCACUACCAGUCUGAGAAACCCAGACCAACUUACAACAGAAGGCUACCUUGCCUUUAA